AAUGUAAAAACUGGAUUAAAUUACAAGGCAAAACAACUACACCUAAUAAAUUUAAAAAUUAUAUUAAUGAACAAUUAUCUAAACUAAUAUGUUUAAGAACAACAGCUAACUGGUUAAAUAAGCCUGGAUAUUUUUAUCAACCAGUUAUAUAA